AUAAUUCCUGAAACUGAAACGGGUUACCCAUAUCCAACUGACAUAACACGAGAGAGAAGCAAAAAUAACGAGCCAGUAAUAACAGUCUCCUCCAUUUCUAAUGAAUCUCACUCUGCUUUCAAGCUUCUUCUAACCUUCAUUCAACUCUAAUCAAUUUCUUAUACACACACGCUACUUACACAAGAUCUCCAAGACUACUACUACUGAAAUGGACAUACUGUUCGCACAAAUCCAAGCCGAUCUCCGAUCAAACGACGCUCUCCGUCAGUCCGGCGCACUUCUCCAAGCCCUCCAGCAAUCCGCCGCCGGGCGCGACAUCUCCGUCAUCGCCAAGUCCGCCGUCGAGGAAGUCAUCGCUUCUCCCGCCUCCGCCGUCUCCAAAAAACUCGCGUUUGAUCUCAUCCGAUCCACUCGCCUCACCUCCGAUCUCUGGGAGACUGUUUGCGUCGGGAUCCGCACCGAUCUCGACUUCCCCGAUCCCGAUGUUUCCGCCGCUGCGGUUUCUAUUCUCGCUGCUAUUCCCUCGCACCGGCUCGGUAAGCUGAUUACUGAUUGCAAUAAGGAGAUUUCUAGUUGUUUUGAUUCGGUUAGUGAUAAUUUGAGGUUUUCGAUUACGGAGACUUUGGGGUGUGUGUUGGCGAGAGAUGAUUUGGUGAUUUUGUGUGAGAAUAAUAUUAGUUUGUUGGAUAGGGUUUCGAAUUGGUGGAAGAGAAUUGGGGAGAAUAUGUUGGAUAAGUCGGAUGUUGUUUCGAAAGUCGCGUUUGAGUCGGUUGGGAGGUUGUUUCAGGAGUUUGAGAGUAAGAGGAUGAGUAGGUUAGCAGGUGAUAAGCUUGUCGAUAGUGAGAAUUCAGUUGCCAUUAGGUCGAAUUGGGUUUCGUGGAUGGUGGAUUUUGUGUGGAGGAAGAGGAAUGCAUUGAUGGCGAGGUCAGUUAUUCUGCCAGUUGAGAAUUUUAGGGCAACAGUUUAUCCGUUGGUUUAUGGAGUGAAAGCUGUUGCUUCAGGUUCGUUGGAUGUGAUUCGGAAGCUUUACAAGUCUUCCGGUACAAAAAAUAGUGAAGUUAAAGCUUCAGAGGCUAGUAAUGCAGAGCGAUUUCUUGGAGUGUCGGAUGUUGUUUCACAUCUGGCACCGUUUUUGAAUUCUUCUCUGGAUCCUGCUUUGAUUUUUGAAGUGGGGCUUAAUAUGUUGUACCUGGCCGAUGUACCUGGAGGGAAGCCUGAAUGGGCUUCUGCGUCUAUAAUUGCCAUUCUCACGUUGUGGGACAGACAAGAAUUUUCGUCUGCCAGAGAAAGCAUUGUCAGAGCUGUUGUUACCAAUUUACAUCUUCUUGAUCUUAGUAUGCAGGUUUCCUUAUUCAAAAGAUUGCUUCUCAUGGUGAAAAAUUUAAGGGCAGAAUCAGACCGCAUGCACGCUUUAGCAUGCAUAUGUAGAACUGCUCUUUGUGUUGAUCUUUUCGCAAAAGAAAACGUCCGCAGAGGACAAAAACCUCUUCAAGGGACAGAUAUUGCUUCACUAUUUGAAGAUGUUAUGAUUAAAGACGAUCUUAAUAAUGUAUCCAGCAAAAGUUUAUUUAGAGAAGAACUAGUCGCAACAUUGGUAGAAAGCUGCUUUCAGCUAUCCUUGCCAUUGCCUGAACAGAAGAGUUCAGGUAUGGAGAGCCGAGUAAUUGGAGCAUUGGCAUAUGGAACUGGUUACGGUGCUUUAAAUUGGACUGAGCCGGCUUUGGAGGUGGUGGAAGUGUGUAGACCCUGUGUAAAAUGGGACUGCGAGGGUAGAACAUAUGCGGUUGAUUGCUACUUGAAGUUGCUAGUUAGGCUUUGCCAUAUUUAUGAUACAAGGGGAGGUGUUAAGAGAGUAAAAGAUGGUGCUUCUCAAGAUCAGAUCCUAAACGAGACACGCCUACAGAAUUUGCAACGUGAACUUAUCCAAGCUUUGCGCGAGGUAAAUACUCCCAGAGUUUGUGCUCGUCUUAUUUGGGUUAUUGCUGAACACAUUGAUCUAGAAGGUUUGGAUCCACUUCUUGCUGAUGACCCUGAGGAUCCGCUAAACAUCAUCAUCUCAAAUAUGCAUAAAGUUUUGUUUAACCUCGACUCUUCUGCAAUUACAUCUAAUAGGCUUCAGGAUGUUCAAGCUGUGCUUUUGUGUGCUCAACGUCUUGGGUCACGUAAUGUUAGGGCAGGACAGUUGAUGAUUAAAGAGCUAGAAGAAUUUAGGACUGAUGGGGUGGCUGAUUCUGUCAACAAGCAUCAAUCUCGUUUGAUAUUACAAAGAAUAAAAUAUAUUUUGAAUCAUCCAGAAAGCAAGUGGGCUGGAGUUAGCGAAGCUAGAGGAGACUACCCAUUCAGCCAUCACAAACUAACUGUUCAGUUUUAUGAACCAGCAGCAGCUCAGGAUCGAAAGCUGGAAGGUUUGGUUCACAAGGCGAUUUUGGAAUUAUGGAGGCCGGAUCCUAGCGAGUUAACUCUUUUAUUGACAAAAGGAAUAGAUUCUUCUCUACUCAAGGUCCCUCCAAGUGCAUCUACUUUAAGUGGUAGCAGUGAUCCUUGCUAUGUUGAAGCAUAUCAUUUGACAGAUUCAAAUGAUGGGAGAAUCACUUUACACUUAAAGGUAUUAAAUUUGACGGAUAUUGAACUAAACCGGGUGGAUAUAAGGGUAGGGCUAUCUGGUCCAUUGGUUUUUAUGGAUGGAUCACCACAAGCAGUUCGGCAGUUGCGCAAUCUCAAUUCGCAGGAUCCGGUGCUGUGCAGCGUGACUCUUGGUGUUUCACAUUUUGAGAGGUCUGCCCUUUGGGUUCAAGUCUUGUAUUACCCUUUUUACGGGACUGGUGCUCCUGGAGAGUAUGAAGGGGACUAUACUGAAGAGGAUCCACAAGUUAUGAGACAAAAGAGAAGCUUGAAGACUGAAACCGGAGAACCUGUGAUUUUACGUUGUCAGCCUUAUAAGAUUCCACUGACUGAGCUUCUUUUGCCGCACAAUAUCUCUCCAGUUGAAUACUUUAGGCUAUGGCCUAGUUUACCAGCUAUUGUAGAAUACACAGGUACAUACACAUAUGAAGGGAGUGGAUUUAAGGCUACCGCUGCACAGCAAUACGGGUCUUCACCUUUUUUAAGUGGACUAAAAUCCUUAUCUUCCAAGCCAUUCCAUAGAGUUUGCUCCCACAUCAUCAGAACAGUAGCUGGGUUUCAGCUAUGCUAUGCGGCAAAGACAUGGUAUGGAGGCUUCUUGGGUAUGAUGAUUUUUGGUGCUAGUGAAGUGAGCACAAAUGUGGAUUUGGGAGACGAGACAACGACUAUGUUGUGCAAAUUCGUGGUUCGCGCUUCAGAUGCAUCAAUCACCAAAGAGAUUGAGUCAGAUCUACAGUCUUGGUUGGAUGACCUUACUGAUGGGGGUGUUGAAUACAUGCCAGAAGAGGAAGUAAAGGAGGUUGCUGCUGAGAGACUAAAAGUAUCAAUGGAACGCAUCGCUUUGCUUAAGGCAGCUAAGCCUCCACCAAAGAUGCCAAAAUCUGAUGACGAAGAGGAAGAAAAGACUGAUGACGAAGAAGAUUCAACUGAAGUCAAGGAAAAUGGCAAAGAAAAUGGUAAGCCCAAGGGACCUACAACUUUGUUCAAAUUAACUGCUGAGGAGGUUGAGAGUCAUGCACUUCAAGCGGCGGUACUGCAGGAAUGGCAUAUGCUGUGUAAAGAUAGAACAACGAAAGUAAAUUAAUUAGAAGUCUAUCUUUUGGACAUUUUUGGGGUUCUAUUCUAUAUGCACAGAGGAGCAAUUAUUGCCUUCUAAUUCCUGUGUGCAGUGAAUGUUUCAUAUAUGAUAUAUGUACCAUCAUCCUCUUGUAGAUGAGUGUUUAUAGUAAAACGACCAGUGGACAUUUGAUUUGUUUUUUUGCCAGGCCAUGGGUACAUCCUGUGAAGUGUGAAGGUGUAGGUCUCUCUUGUUAGUUUACGUCCAGUGGACAUUUGAUUUGUUCAUUGUUGUUGAUUUAAGUCCUUGUAGCCUCUCUGUAAUUGUGGAACUUUGAUUAAUCAUCAAUUUUCUUGCUGUUUA